GGAGUCGGGCUCCGUAAGGGCGCCAGGGGGCGCUGGACAUAGGAACCGCCGGGCCGCCGCACCCGGGGCUGACGACCGGUUUAGGAGCGGACCGGAAGUGUCUGAGCACCGCGGCGGGAUGCUCCGCUGAGCCCCUGCGGCCGCCGCCACCCACAGACCAUGUUCCUGGCGCGAGUGACUCCCCAGCUGCUCAGACUUGCCGCCGGGGCAGGCCUCCGUCGGCCCCGGCUUGUCUCAGGAGUGCUGGGCGGCCAUGUCUACAGGCCCCGCUACAGCACGCAGCCAACAGGCCCCAGUGGGGUUGCCAUCCUCCCUGGCGGGGGCGUCCAGCUGGAGCUCGAGGAGAUGCUGGUCCCCAGGAAGAUGUCCAUCAGCCCCCUGGAGAGCUGGCUGACCACCCGCUACCUCCUACCCAGACUGGACGCUGGGGCCCUAGGGACUGUGGCUCCAGCCCCGCUCUACAAAUGUCCACCUAGCCAGGUGGGGGAAGGGGCCGAGCAGGGGGAUGAGGGGGUCCAGGAUGCACCCCAGGUACAGUGCAAAAACGUGCUGAAGAUCCGACGGCGGAAGAUGAAUCAUCAUAAGUACCGAAAGCUGGUCAAGAGAACCCGAUUUCUGCGGCGCAAGGUCCGGGAAGGGCGCCUGAAACGGAAGCAGGUCAAGUUCGAGAGAGACCUGAGGCGCAUCUGGCUGAAGGCAGGCCUGAAGGAAGCCCCUGCAGGCUGGCAGACCCCCAAGAUCUACCUGCGAGCCAAAUGAGUGUGCAGUGCCUCGGCCCCACCCCUCGGUGCUGCUGUCCAUUGUAAUAAACGUUCACAGCUCAGCUGUUCUGCCGCCUGGAACCUCUUCUACCUGCUG